UAUAAAGGGCGCGGGGUCCUGCGGCGCUGGCUGGCUCUCGGGGAGGCGGCGGAGGCAGAAGUAGCAGCGAGCGCAAGAGCAGCAGCAAUGGCCGACUUCGACGCUUAUGACGACCGGGCCUACAGCAGCUUCGGAGGCGGACGCGGGUCUCGUGGUGGUUCUGGCCUCGGCGCACGUAAACAGAAAGAGCUUCCAACUGAGCCCCCCUUCACAGCAUAUGUUGGCAACCUUCCCUUCAACACGGUCCAAGGAGACAUUGAUGCCAUCUUUAAGGAUCUCAGCGUAAGGAGUGUCCGGUUAGUCAGAGACAAAGAAACAGAUAAAUUUAAAGGAUUUUGUUAUGUAGAAUUUGAUGAAGUUGAAUCACUUAAAGAAGCCCUGACCUAUGAUGGAGCACUUUUGGGGGACCGGUCGCUCCGAGUGGACAUAGCCGAGGGCCGGAAACAAGAUAAAGGCGGCUUUGGUUUCCGGAAAGGUGGCCCAGACGACAGAGGCAUGGGCGGAGGUCCGCGGGAACCACGAGGAGGUGGAUGGGAUUCCAGAGAUGACUUCAAUUCUGGUAGCGGCGGCUUCAGAGAUGACGACUUUUUGGGAGGACGAGGCAGAACGCGUCCUGGGGAUCGGCGAGGUGGUGGCCCACCCAUGGGAGGAACCGGUCGCUUCAGAGAUGGCCCUCCGCUGCGUGGAUCUUCCAUGGAUUUUAGAGAGCCAACAGAAGAGGAAAGAGCCCAGCGGCCCAGACUUCAGCUCAAGCCCCGGACAGUUGCUACUCCCCUCAACCAAGUAGCCAACCCCAACUCUGCGAUCUUUGGCGGAGCCAAGCCAAGAGAGGAAGUAGUAAAAGGAGAGCAAGAAUGAGCCUGAGGGGGGCAAGAGUGUGUGUGGGGAGGGGGGGACGGGAUGGGAGAGCGGGAGGGGGCGGGAGAAAACGCAAGACAGCCCAGCGUGUCUCAAUGUGCUCAGAACAUUAACCCUGCGGCCACCAUUCCUACCAUCUUGACACUUGUCCUCCUCGAAACAGAAAUGAAAAAGAAAACCCUUUACAAAACAUACCAGAGCUUGUGAAUGCAUGUCAGCUGUUAACAAGUGGUUUUUAGUACGUUCUUGGCUUUGCUGUAUCUAUUGCCUGCAUUGUCUUAAGUUUCUCCCCUUUCCUCACCCGUGUCCCCCCUUAAAGCCCAGCACAUGGCGUGUGGCCAGUCAAGCGCUGCCCUACUCCAUGAAGGUGGGCUUCUCUCAGCGGAGGUGCAGCUUCCACCUUCCUCCUCUGGCUUUUCCCACUUCCCAGACAAAUGGGUCAGGCCCCAGUUCUCCUCCCGAGUAUCCCCUCCUCCUUCCCACAAGGUUUCUGUGCCCUCUGCAUGCUUGCCACGUGCGACACCCCUCGACUCAGAAGAGUCCCACCAAAGUGGAAGACCUCUUGAGUCAUGGAACACUGUCCCCGUACGAAUCGCCUAUGCAACACAAGAGUGAAAUGAGCCCUUUUGCCACUAAGGCUCUUCAGAAUAUAUAUACAUAUAAAUAUAUAUCAUUAGUUCCCUGCCUCCCCACUGGCAGCUUUAAAAGAGUUAAAACAGCCACAAGAGCAAGGAAAAGCUACCCUGACAUGAGCGUUUUGCAGAUCCUUGUCGGCAACUUAUACCUGAUGCAAAAGCACUUGAUGCGGCCCCUCUGCCUUCUUGUUGUGGCCUACGCACUUGUCGCUGGCGCUCACAGGUCGGUGAUGUCCAACCUUGUGCCUAACGUAGCCCCCGGGACCGUCUCCUACAUGUCCUUAUAUAUUUUUUACCUGUCCGCUAGCGACGUUUAACCUACACUUUGUUUAAAUUACUGAAUUUUUAGUUUGGUUUGUUGGAGUGGGGCUUCCUUUGGGACGGAACGGGGUCCUAACUCCAGCGUUUGGUUCUGUCCCGACUGGCUUUGCUUUGGCAGGGAGCCUUUACGGUGGAAAUGAGAGGGUUAUUCCGGAGGGGUUUUUUGGCACAAGAGGCCUAAGAGGUCUGUUAGCUUCGACUCUUUAUACUUGAUGAAAAAAGUAACUUGGAUAGAAAGUAAUGCUGAACAGUUCUGCAGAUUUGAGGGGCAGAGUUGCCUGUUUGCCUAUCCAGGCUUUAGCCUUCAUGCAGCGUUGGACCUCAGUGCUAGGAGAUCUAGUUUUCCCCUUUAUUGGUAUAGAGUGUAACGAAAAAUAGCAGGCGCAUGUUUCUUUCUCACCCCGUAAAUAAAACGCAACCGCUGUGUGCAAAUGUAUCCUGAUUCGAAGAAGGAAUUGGCAAAAAUCCGAGGGUGAUAUUAAUUUGUAUGACCCAAAACGGAAAGAACAACACCAGUCUGAACAAACGUCAGCUUCUCUUUUCUCUUUUCCCCCGGCCCUCCUUUUUGUCUUUAUGUCUGUUUCUCCGAACAAGAACCAUUUGUCUAACGCUACUUUUCUUUGCGACAUGCGCUGUGUGUCUGUGUGGUUGUGUUCCAAACGAAAUCCAUCGAAAGAACCUCACUUCUGUUGUUCUUUUAGAAAAAAGAAAGUGCGGAAGGACCGAGAUUUUAAGAGCAGAAACAAAAAAAACCCCAAGGCUUCCCAUGCAAGACUCACUUAUAGUCGUUUGAUUUUUAAAUGUGUAAAGAGAAAUUUCCGAACACUUAACACAUUCUGCUUCGUGACAAAAGUAAAUUUAUGGAUAUGGUAUUUUGUGAAUGAUCUUUUAAAUAAAGAAAACAUUAAAUAAUA